AUGUUAGGUGUUGAAUUUCUACGAACUGCUGAAAUUGAAACUUGUAAUAUUGGAGAAAAAUGUGCCUAUUUGCAAGUAGAUAUACCUGAUUUGAUGAUUGGACAAGUACAAGGAUGUAGUAAUACAAUAUUUGAUAUAAUAAAUGAUCUUCUUUAUGAUAGAAAAGAUUUUAUAAAUGAAAUGCCAAAAAAUUUUAUAGAAAAAGCAAAAGAUUCUUGUGAUGAAAAUGAAAAUAUUUUUAUAAAAGGAAAAAUUUUAAGUGGUGAUUUUUAUUUUUAUUUAGCAUGUAGUUAUAAUCAUAAUUAUAUUACAAAAAAUAAUGCUCCAUACUUACCACCAAUACCAGGACCAUCAGAGAAUGUUAAAUGUAAAAGAAAUAAUCAUGAAGGUGAAUAUAUAUGUUCUGAAGGUUAUUGUACCCAUAUUCAAAUUAAUUUUAAUGAUACUAUGAAACAUGUAUCGUUGUCUAAUACUUUUUAUGGUUGUCCAUCUGAAUAUUUUAAUUAUUUAUAUGAAAUGGAACAAAAUUAUGCAUUACCUAAGACAUUUUUUCAAAAUCUUGGAGGAUCAUGUUCAGAAUAUUCAAGUGUAGAAAAAUAUGACUUUUAUAUGGAAAAUGUUAUUUAUAUUUAUCAAAACUGUAAUCCAGAUAUAAAUAUGAUACUUAAUAAUAUACCACAAAUUCCAAAUAUUAUAGAGUAUGAUAAUAAUAUAAUUGGAGAAUGUGAUUAUUUGGUAAAUGGAUAUUUAUCUAAUUCUGAUGAAGAUAUUGGAAAUGUAGGAACAUUAUGUAAUAGUGAACAUUGUGUUACUUUAACAAUUAAUAUUGAUGAUGUAAAUGGAAUAUUUAUGGGAUGUAGUUCAGAAUUAAGGCAAUAUUUAUAUGUUAUAAAUAAAAAAACAUCAAAUUUAAUUGAGUCAAAAAUUGAAGAAUAUAUAGAUAUUUGUAAUAAUGGUGGAACGACAUCAGUAUCAUAUGACGACAUAUUUUCAAUGACUAUAAAUUGCAACAACACAGUAAAUUUUUUUGACUUUAAACAGAUAAAAAAUGAUUCAACAAAUGUUGAGACAGGAGAAUAUAAUAUUUCACAUUUUUUUACAAACAAAAAAAAUGACACUAAUGAGGAAAAUAUUAUAAAUAACUCUAGAAAUAUCUUUUUAUUGUCUGAUAUUUAUAAUAUCUUAUCAUUAAUAUUCCUGUUUAUAAUAAUACAAAAUCUGUAUAAUUAA